CUGAUUGGCUUCUCCGGAAACCCGACACUAAUAGGAGUGUGAACCGAGGCCGCGUCAUCAGUAUCCAGGCAGAAGGACCUGACACAGGUUGUGACAGGGAGAAGUGAAACCAGGGCAGAUGGGGACUCCCCAACACUGGGCUUCCCCGCCCCCGACGCCGCCCUGGGGCCAGAGACCCUGAGAGGCGGGCCUGGGGACCUGGGACUUGGCCUGGACGCCUCACCUACUGCACAGAGUGCUCUUCGUCCCACUGUGUCCCUCAGCCGUGGACCAGGAGCUGUGCGAGAUCUUUGUGAAGUCUACGCAGCAUUGCAUUGCCCUGGCCCAGAUCCUGGUGGAGCAGAACUUGCCAGCCAUUGCCAUCCACUGUAGGAUGCCCCAGGAGGAGAGGUGAGUGAGAGAUGGAAAGAUGUCUUGUGUCCUUGGGAGGAAAUGAGACCCAUGAGAUAAAGGUCUGUGAACAUGUUUAUGAUUGUCUUUCUGAGAAACAAACAUGUUAUGAUUGUCUUUUUGGUAUCAGUAGUUUAAAGGUCUUCAAUAACGAAUUCUUGUGGCCAGCAACCUAUGUGGCCAAGCAUGGACAUUAAGCAGGUGAACUCUGCCAUCAACUACCACCGGCCUGGCGAUUCCAACACCUACCUGAGGCCUGAGCAGGCCAGUUCCCCCAAGGGCUUGGCCAUCACAUUUGUGUCAAGUGAAAAGAUCCUCAGUGAGGUGCAAGGUCACACUGAGGGCAGUAGCAGUGAGCGGCCUGAUGAGAUGCACAUUGUCUCCUCCAUUGAAGCCAUGGGAGAGGACGCACCAUUUCACAGAGCCUGAUGCAGGUCUCACACCCAGGAACCAGGAGAUCAUACAUGACCUGAGCUGAAAUCAAGAGUCGGAUGCCCAACUGACUUACCUACCCAGACACCCCUAAGGUUUAU